AUGGGGCGAAUUUGCCUCAUUUUCGUCGCGGCGUUGAUUGCCGGAAUUCUGGAAGCGUGCCAACACGGCUGCGAAUGCCCGCAGAGGACCAUCGCGAUUUGUCGAGGAAAUCAUAAUUUGCGUUCGGUUCCGAUUCUUCUCGAUCCACGGACCACCGUUCUUGACCUGUCGCAUAAUCGCAUUUCUCGACUAUCCGCCGAUGAGCUCAGUUUAUAUCCAAACCUCGAAAAACUUGUACUCCGCAACAAUUCGAUCACCCAUUUGUCAUCGGACGUGUUCGCGACACUUUCGAAAUUGGAAUACUUGGAUUUGUCAUCCAACAGUCUACUAUCAUUGCCAAACAACGCGUUCGCCAAAUUGAAAAAUCUCAAGACAUUAAUCGUUUCGUCGAACGAUGUUCAAUUUGGACCCGAAUGUUUCGCGGGACUCAGCUCAUUGGAGACCCUUGAACUCGCCGACAAUCGCCUUUCAUUCCUUCCGCCGUCGGUUUUAAAGCCGCUUACGUCCUUGAGAAAGCUUGAUUUAUCGUCGAAUAAACUGCUUUCGAUGCCGGCCUCGCUGCUAUCAAGCGUCCCAUCACUCCAUUCAUUGGUUUUGAAGCAGAAUUUGUUGUCGAAUUUGGAAACGGGCAUGUUUCGCACGCAAAAAUCGCUUCGCCGUCUCGAUUUGGCCGAGAACCUCAUCGGCGACAUUGAAGAGGACGCGCUUUAUGGUCUCGAACAGCUGCAAGUGCUCAAUCUCACCGCGAAUCAGCUUAUUCGUCUGCCGGGCAACACUUGGUCGCUUCCCAGCCUCAAAGUGCUCGACAUUUCGGCGAAUCUGUUCGUCGCGCUCGAGACGGCCUCGUUCGACGGGCUGCCGAAUCUCGAGUAUCUCAACAUUUCAAUGUCGAGGAAUUUGAAGACGAUUCAGAUGUCAUCGUUUGUGCAACUCGACGCGCUUCAUUGGCUCUCGUUGGCCAACUCGACGCUCAGCCACAUUCAUCCGCAGGCGUUUGAUGUGGUGCCACCAUUGCGCCAUCUCGAUUUGUCCGCCAACGAGCUCCGAGGAUUGCCGUCGGGUCUGCUCGCGUGGCACAACAUCAAGACGAUGAAGUUGAGAAAUAAUCAAUGGGUGUGCUCGUGCGAUUUGAGGGCGUUGCAAUUGCGCGCGAUCGAUGAGCCGCAAUGCGUCGGACCUGAAAAUCUAAAAGGCGCCGUUCUUUCGGAAUUGUCGUCGUGCACACUUCUCGGCGGCCUUCUGAUACCGAUCCUCCUCGCCGUCUUCAUCCUUCUGCUCGCCUUGAUCAUUCUCGCGCUCGCUUGCAAGCGGCCGACAAAAUCGAAAUCGCGCGCGUUCUACAACGAUCAACUGAUCGCGGCGUUGGCGAGCCACAAAGAAUACUCAUACGAUUGCCAUUCGCCGUACACGAUGUCGUCGGAGGACUCGCGCGAUUCGGCGUAUGAGUCGCCGACGUCGGCGCUGAUGCCGCGAGCGCCUCCGCCGUCGGCGCCGCCGCCGCGACUCGUCAUCGCGACGAUGCCGAGGGCCGUGCCGCCGCCUCAAGUGCCGUCAACUAGUAGCAAUGACCCAUAUUUGGUGCCAAUGACCAGGCUUUAA